CCUGAAAAUCACGGUGACGUUAACGCUGUUACCGCUGCUUUUUUUAUAACUACAGGCUUCACUGAUCUCUUCCAUCAGUGGUCCGUAUACCUAUAGCCAAACACAGCUUCCACGACCUGUCCUUACAGAACAGCCGGUUUAGCUGAGCGUGAUGAAACUGCUGCCCUUGUUGUUGCUGCUGCUGCUGGUCCUUGUGUGUCUGGACGCAUCUAACGGGAAGUGGCGUGGGAGGAGAAGUUGGAGGAGAAUUACUAGGAGGAUGAAUAGGUCCCGGUGGAUAACAAGUACGACGAAGUUACAUGGAAGAGAUCUUGAGAGCGAAGACAUCAAACAGGGAAGGGAUAUUGACCAAUCGCGGGACGAGGUGUUAUUCAAUGCGAGAGAUGUAAAAGUGUUGAUGACAUCGGCUGAUAACAACAUGAUGAAGGUGAUACUUGUAGCGGCUCUGCUGGUGUGUCUGCUGGCGAUACACACUGAUGCAAUCUACAGCUACCGCCACUACCGCAACUACCGGAUCAGGAUGUACUGGAGCAGAACUACAUCCUGUAUCUAUCGAGCAGCAAGGCGGCUAUCUCGCUGUUACGGCGUGAGAUCCAGGUUCCAAUACUAUCAUGGAAAGAGAGGAAUCGAGAAUGCAGAUGAGAAUGCAGAUGAGAAUACUGAGCAGCCAGAGAACGAUGACCUAAUCAGCGCCAGAGAUGUCAUGGAGACAGUCAUGGAUGAACAAGGAGGAAUCGAGAAUGCAGAUGAGAAUGCAGAUGAGAAUACUGAGCAGCCAGAGAACGAUGACCUAAUCAGCGCCAGAGAUGUCAUGGAGACAGUCAUGGAUGAACAAGGAGGUAAAGCUGGAGGCAAAAGCGGGCUUCGUCAGCCUACUGAAGCCUAGAAACACAGGCGACACCGCGAUCCAUUCCCGAUGGUGAAAGACACUAUGAUCUUCCGUCGUACAUCGUCUGAGUGUCUCUGAUUCAGUUAACAUAAUAAAUCCUUGAAGCAGA